AUGCGCAUAGAUCUAUACAUAUGUAUAAUAAUAGUGUGGAUAGAUCAACAUGGGUUGGACAUGAUAGUAAUUAUUUCGCUUGUAGUAUUGGUAAUAUCCAAAGUAUAUCCAUUUAAUAUCAUUAGAAAAUGUGUCAGCAGACAUGAUCUAUGUCCAAAGGCCUAUUUUUUUAGCAACGUACCUAUACAUCAGAAUAAUUGCUUAGUUACAUUGAUCGGCAGCACCAAUGUAGGCAAAUCCAGUAUCUUUAAUCGCAUGACCAGAAUGUUUCAAAUGGGAAGUUUGGUAUCUGAGGUUCCAAAUACUACUCGUGACCCAAAUGUGGGAGUUGUCGAGAUUAAUGGGAAAGUAUUUCGCCUAAUUGACACUCCCGGGAUUUGCGAUGACGACAUAACUGAUAAAAUAAUUAAAGUUCAGGUGGAAAAGAUGUUAUAUAAAGCACUUGAGGAAUCUACUAUGUCUAUCCUAGUAGUUGAUGGCCAGAUUGGGAUGACAAAUUUGGACAAAAGAAUAGCAGAUAUGAUACGUAACCACUGUAAAUAUCGCUCGUUAAAUUGCAUAAUAGCUGUAAAUAAGUGUGAAUCGCAUCAAAUGGGUUUAGCAGCGGCUCAGCAAUUUUGGAAUUUAGGAUUGGGAGAACCAAUUCCAUGCAGUGCUUUACAUGGAUCAGGUGUAGCUGAAGUUCUUGAAAAAUGCUUGGAAUAUAUGCCAAAUCUCAAUAGUACAAUUGAAACUACUAAACAUACAACGGUGGCGCUGAUCGGACGACCUAAUACUGGCAAGUCAAGUAUUGCAAAUAAGAUGCUCAACAAAGAUAGAUUUAUUGUAUCACCUAUUGCCGGUACAACUGUUGAUUCAAUAGAUUCAUUUGUUACAAAGGAUAACAAGACAUACCGUAUAAUAGACACUUGUGGCGUGACACAAAAUGUUAAUACUGAACAAUUAAAGUUAAAGACAGAAAGAAGCUUAUUGACAAUCAGACAAGCUGAUGUAUGUAUAUUGGUCAUCGAUUCCACUUUUGGAAUAUCAAAAAAUGAAUUGGAUCUGGCCAAGGCAAUAAAGGAAGAAUCUAAACCUGCUAUUAUUGUCUGUAAUAAAUGGGAUUUGAUAGAUAAAAACGAUGGUACUGUUUACAACAAAGCAUUAAAUUAUGUGAAAGAUACUUUAAAUGAUAUAUGUUAUGCAAAUGUCUUAUUCACUUCUGCCAAUACCGGUCAGAGAAUUAAUCAAUUGUUUGAUCUCAUUGAUCAAUCCGUGGAACAAUACAAUAAAGAAUAUCCACAAAAAUCGUUGAACGAAAUACUCCAAGACGCACUGUUCAUAAGGCCACCAAAUUUUGUCAAGGGCAAGCGAUUCAAUAUAUAUUACGCAGCACAGGUAUUAAAUGGUUAA